UGUUCAACAAUCAAAGAAAAAAAGUGGGGAGUGAUUCAAGUAGGAUCAUUCAAGAAAACUGUGGUAGUUAGGGAAGAUAAUGAUAAAGAAAGGCAUGUUAUGAGUACUAUUGAGAACUGAGUGGGGGGCUGCUCCAUGCCCAAAGAAAGGGAUAAUUAUGGCCGUGACCAAACAAGUGGUGUAAACUAUGGAAAGUUGCCUUCAUUUCUGUUAAAUUCCAUAAUUAGGAAAAUCAAAUCAUAGCCUAGAUUUUCUUUACCCAUUAUUGCACUCACGGUGUUUUCAUAUAUCUCUUGAUAACCUUUUGAAACUAAGCUUUACCCAGAGUUGAAAAGACAAUAGAGAAACAAAAAAAUAUGAUAAUGAAGCUUGUUUUAUUAUGGGUUUUGGGUUUAUGGAGUGUUUCUGGGAUUGAUUUGAGCCGAUCUGAGAGUUUCCUUUCGUAUUUAGAUGAAGAAGUUACAGUGUCUCCUGGUAGUACCACCACUCUUAUAGUUCCUCUCACUCUCAUUCAAGGAGCUGCUUCUAAAGGAGCUGUUUGUUUGGAUGGAACUCUUCCUGGUUAUCAUCUUCAUCGUGGGUUCGGGUCAGGUGCAAACAGUUGGGUUAUCCAUUUAGAGGGAGGUGGAUGGUGUAAUACCAUUCGAAGUUGUGUAUUCCGCAAAACUACAAGGCGUGGUUCAUCGAAAUUUAUGGAGAAGUCCAUAAAUUUCACUGGAAUUUUGAGCAACAAAGCUGAAGAAAAUCCUGAUUUCUACAAUUGGAAUAGAGUUAGGGUACGUUACUGUGAUGGGGCAUCUUUUGCUGGUGAGGGCCAAAAUGAGGCUAACAAGCUUUAUUUUAGAGGACAAAGGAUCUGGUUAGCUGCCAUGGAAGAAUUAAUGGCCAAAGGAAUGCAAAAUGCUAAUCAGGCACUUCUUUCUGGAUGUUCAGCUGGGGGUCUAGCUUCUAUUCUUCAUUGCGAUGAAUUUAAGAAUUUGUUUCUGGAAACUACCAAAGUGAAAUGUCUAAGUGAUGCUGGACUGUUCCUUGACGCAACAGAUGUUGCUGGUGGCCAUACCUUAAGGGAUAUGUAUGAAGGUGUGGUUACUUUGCAGGGUGUACAAAAGAAUCUGCCAAGUACUUGUACCAGCCAAAAGGAUCCAACUUCGUGUUUCUUCCCUCAAAACUUGGUUUCAAAUGUCAAGACCCCUAUGUUUCUUCUCAAUGCAGCCUAUGAUGCUUGGCAGGUUGACCAGAGUUUAAUUCCAUCACUGGCUGAUCCGCAUGGCUUGUGGCGUGCGUGCAAAACGGAUCGUUCUCAUUGCAACUCAUCGCAGAUUCAGUUUUUUCAAGACUUUAGGAACCAAAUGCUCGAUGCCGUAAAAAUAUUCUCUGAGUCCAAUCAAAAUGGUUUAUUCAUAAAUUCUUGUUUCGCUCACUGCCAGUCAGAGAGAAAAGAUACUUGGUACGAGAAUGAUUCUCCUCGUAUUGGAAACAAGGGAAUUGCAGUGUCGGUCGGAGAUUGGUUCUUUGACCGAACAGCCGUUAAAGCUAUCGACUGUCCAUACUCUUGCGACAAAACUUGUCACGAUGUUAUCCUCAAGUGAGUGGGAAAUUUUCAUUGACUCAUUGUUGAGGCCUCUAUGGCUUCCAUAAUUAUUCUUUUCCGUAAUUGAGAAUUUGUGGAAACUGUAACAUUCAUAUGAUUUGAUAAUAAGGAAUAAAUGCCUCCAUAGACAUUUGAUAUUUGAGCA